AUGGGGAUUGUCGGAUUCCAGUGGGGAGCAAACCAACUAACUCUGCUCCAGAACAGAGAUAAUUGGGAAACAAGGCAAGUUUUAUUAUACAAAUUUAUUUAUAACUUUGUUCAUCAAUAUGCAUUGCAUUGUUGGUUGAUGUCUAAAUGCGUGAUUCAAAGGGUAAUCAAAGCGGCGGCUUGGAACGAAGGUGAAAAUAUAUUGAGAGGUCGUUGUGAAGAGAGCGAUGGGACAUGGUUUUGUGUUUCAAAAAGAGGCCGAGUUGCUUUUCUUGUGGAUUCAGCGUUAAUGGUCAACAUGUUUGAUGAAAACGGACGAGGCCCCGAAUCGACUCCUGUCGAGUUCUUUCUGAGCGGUUUGAGUCCAGAGAUGUUUGCAGCAAAACUAGUAGCGGAAGAAAAUGAAUAUCAUUCGCAAUUCGAGGACGAGGAUGAUGAUGAGAUGUCAGGGCGAGCCUAUGAACUCAUUGUGGCAGACAUCACUUCAGGUUCAAUGGUUUAUAUCUCCAAGCCCUCCUCUGUUGAAUCAGUUGUCCAUACACAACAAGUUGCUUUUGGUGUGCACACCCUUUCUCUUGAAGGACUCGAUUCUGGUUCUCCCAAGGAUCAACGUCUCAGAGGCCUUUUCAAUGAGAUGAUUGGUCAGAAUGGAAACCAAGAGCUACCACCAAUGAAUGAGCUUGCUGCAAGGUUGUAUGAUCCAACCGAAGCUGUCCCAGGAGACGAAUUGACCGCCUUGUUUGUCGACAAGAUUGCUAAUCUAGCAAGUUCAGAACUCGAUCACGAGCGCUGUGGAACGACAAGCACAACAGCAUUCUCCGUGAAUCACACAAAUAAAGCAAAGUUCUAUGAGAGGUAUUUGGAGAAUGGCAAUUGGUAUGAAAGCAACUUCGCUUUCAACAUCGCCUAG